CCUUCACAGCAUCCCCUGGCAAGGAGUUCCACAGGUUGACACUGUGUUGUGUGAAGAAAUACUCUCUUUGGUUUGUUUUAAACCUGCUGCCUGUUAAUGUCAUUGGGUGACCCUGGUUCUUGUGUUCUGCCAAGGAGUAAAUAACACUUCCUGAUUUACUAUCUCCAUACCAGCUGUGAUUUUAUAGCCCUCUAAUGUAUCCCCCCUUAGUCAUCUCUCUUCUAAGAUGAACUGUCCCCGUCUGUUUAAUCACCUGUCAUAUAGAAGCUGUUCCAUCCCCACAAUCACUUCGUUGCCCUCUGUACUUUCUCCCAUUGUAAUAUUUUUUUUUCAGAUGGUGUGGCCAAAACAGCACACAGUAUUCAAGGUGUGGGCGAGCCCGGUGCCCGGGGGAACCCUACAAUCAUACACGGGAUGGGGAACUGAGGACAACGCUGUGACUGCAGGCAGGAAGCUAAUCAGCAGGCAGCUGCGUGGGGCCAUUGCUGACCCACCAUGGACAAGGAGAGCAGCAUGGAGAGAAGUCACAGGAAGGCCUACCUUGAGAUGAUCGAAGUAGAUGGCAUUGGCCUGAACACUGUCUUCAUCCUCAUCAUGUCGCGCAUGUCGCAGGCCUCAGGCUCCAUCCUGCCGCCGCUGAGCUCACUGGUGGGGCCCAAGAAGGUGUCUCCCACUGUUGGGCAAGGGGAGCAAGAGGAGUCAGCAGACUCAGCUCAGUCUGGCUCUGCUUUCGCUGCUGGAGGAGGUUACAGGGGGCUCCCUGGGGCUGCAGCCCUCCUCCCUGAGACUCUGUGCCUUGCAGGCUGCAGCUCCCUGAGUGGCUUUGCCAAGUCUCUGCAGAAGGCGGAGGCCCUGCUGUGGAACUGUGUGAACCCCAGUGUGCGGCGCCUCCUGCAGCAGCAUGCCAGCGCCAGUGCCUACAACAGCGACGAGGAGGACUCGCCCGGCGCCCUUGCCCGCCUGGCCCAGGUGGAGCACAGCUUCCUGGGACUCAGCCGCUGCCUCUGUGUGCAGGAGAACCCCCGCACGGAGACCUUCCAAGGCCACGUCAAGCCGGCGGCCAGUGACACGGCCCAGGGCACCUUCUCCUACCACCCUGUCCACCCCUGUGUAGCCAAGCACUGUGCCACCUUGCACGCCCUGCUGCAGCACCGCCACCGCCUCCGCCUCUCCCGUGAGUACAGCCACCGCCUCAAAGGGGCCUCGGAUUUCGUCCGUCAGCUCCUGGCUCUCUUGGCGCUGAAGGACCGGGGAGGGGACCCUGGGGGGAGCAGGCAGCUCAGGGGACUCUGUGAGGAGCUGCGGACUCAUACCAGCCACUGGAGCGGGCUGCAGCGCAAGAUGCGCAGUGACCCCUGGCUGCGGGAGCUGCUGCUGCAGCCUCACGAGUCAGUGACACACAUGAAGCAAGCACUGGAUCUGCUGGCCCUGCACGCCAUCCGCCUGGUAGAGCGCUACGUAGAGGUGCAGCUGCACUGCUUGGCACGAGCCAGCCCCGCCGCCGUCUCCCCUGCCCAGCUCUCCGACCUGUUCCAGGGCUUGGAGAUCUACAACCACCUGCUGAGCGAUCAGGCCCUGGAGCGAGCCUCUGGCGAGCCAGGGACUGAUCCUGCCACUCCACUCCGGCGCAAAGGAGAGGUGGGGGUUGGCGCUCAGGCCUAUCCCAUUGGUCGGGUGUUGGGCGUGCUGGCAGCUGAGAGAGGCAGGCUGGCUGCCCACCGACUCCACCAGCUCCUCCUGCAUCGGGCACAGGGGAACAGCCUGGAACAAGGGCACUGGGAGAAUGCUGUGGUGCCUUGGUCCAUGGACCACAGCAGCAGCGAGACAGAUGUGGGGUCCCGUGGGCCUCCCACAGUGGAGGGGCUCCCGAGCCUCCCUGAGGAGCUGCAGGUGCUGUGCAGGGAGGACAAGGAGCUCCUGGACCUUGUUCUGGGAGUCUUGGUGGCCUCCAAUGACACGCUCUGGCACCAUGUGCUCAAGAGGCCCAAGCAGGAGAAGCCCCCGGCAGAGGAGGACCAGGAGCCCCUCAUGGCGCCGGCCGCCAGCCUGGACCUGGACGAGAGGCUGAGCCCGGCCUCCCUGCCCAGCUGGAAGUCUGUGCGCUGGCUGGACGCGUUCUACUCGGAGGCUGCCGAGGUUCUGUAUGCACAGUACCGCCCGCUCUUCUGGGAGGCCACCGCCACCUUGCUGGCCCAUCACCUGGAGCUGCGGCAGGACCAGGCACAGCCCUGUGGAGGCCUGCCCCAGUGCACAGAAAGGGCAGCAGCUGCGCUGGCACAGGAGCUGAGCCAGGCACUGAGUCAGGCCCAUGUGCCCCCGGAGUGCGAAGCGGCGCUACAGCGCCUGUGCCUGUGUCUGAUCUCUCAGGCUGUCUUCCAGAGCUGGGACCGAGGGUUCUGCCAGGCCCUGGGUUCCAGCCUCAGCGAUAAGUGCGUGCCUGGGCCUAGGACAGUGGGCACGGCGCACAGCAGGACUGCCCAGCUGCUCCGGGAGCUCCACCCUCCCCUGGCCUUCGCCCUCAAAUGCCUGGAGCCUCCGCUCACUGCAAGGACUGCGAGCAGCAACCUCGUCUCCCCGAGCCUCCGGCUGGAGCUGCUGACUCGCUGUCUGGCCACGGGGCAGGCCUCCUGCUCCUGGCUCAUGGCCAAGGCCUAUCAGCACCUUGCGGCCUGGUCCCUCUGCCCAUUCCUGCUCGUCACCCAGGGAGAUCUCCAGUUGUUAAAGGCAGAGACCACCAGGUUGGCGGAGCUUGUGAGUGGGGCCUUCCCUGAGGUGGGGGACAGCCCCAGGUGGGUGCGGCCGGCCCUUGGCUCCCACCAGGAGCGGCAACUGUGCCUACAGAUCCACUCCACUGCUGCCAGAAUCCAGAGCUUCUCACAGGACGUGCUGCGGAUGUUCUCCACAAACUGCAAGCGGAUGUCGGCAGAGAUCUUCGGCCAGACCAUGCCGCUGGGCAAGCACUGGAGAGCAGGCCUCCGUGCAGACCUGCCCAGCACCCCAGGUGAGUACGCCUUGGCCGCCGCCCAGAGUGUCCUGGGCCAGGUCCUGCAGGGCAUCCAGCUGCUCCCGCGCGAGUCCCAGGUGCCCGCGCUCACCCAUGUCAUGACAGCCUUCGUGGAAGCCUGGAUGGAUCACAUCCUCACCCAGAAAAUCAAGUUCAGCCUGCAGGGUGCCUUGCAGCUGAAGCAGGACUUCGACACAGUGCGGCAGCUGGUGCAGUCGGAGUCCGGCCUGUCGCCUGAGAUCAAGCAGUCGGUGCUGUCGCUGCGCAUCUUCCAGCAGAUGGACAACGCCAUCGUCUGCCUCUUGCAGCAGCCCAGCAGCAAGGCCUGCCUGCCCUCCCACACCUGGGAGUCCUUCCGCAAGUGCUGCUCACACAAUGGCGUCCGCACUCAGGACUUCCCCACGGGCAGCCUGAACAGCCUGGAGAGCCUGGACGUGCAGGCCUUGCGCAACAGCACCGCCCUGGAGACCCAGAGCUCCGACCUCCUCAGCCACCUGCAAGGCAGCUGCACCCCGGAGUCCUACCUCCCGAGCACCCAGCAAGAGUGGCUCUCCCUGCGGCUGCACGGCACGCGGCGCUGGAAGGUGCCCAGCCUGCCCUGCACCAAGAGCGCAGAGCCCUGAGCGGCUGGGCUCCCCAGCUUGGGGAUGGAGCCCAGCCACGUAUUCGUGGUUAGAAACAGAGCAGCCAAGUAGCCUCAAA